GCAGCUGUUUUUUAAUUAUUUGUAGCUAAUUUACGAUCGCAAAUUUAAAUAGAUAAAUUCCCCGCAAACGCCACCACUGCACAAGGAAGGACAAGAGAAAAGUGUGAGCUAAUAGUAAUAGUUUUAGCUUGUAAAUAUAAUCAUGCUCAAGUGUGCACAACUAUUCGGCUCCAAACGUCUAUGCUCGGCCCAAGUUCCUCUCGCUUCCAGCGUCCGAUGGAUGCGUAACAUCGAUCGGGUGAACGUAAAGGUCCACCAAGCUAACCAAAUGGCUGAAGCAUCCUCCUGCACCGUGAAUAUAACAUCCGGCCCCAUCCGUGGCACGGUAACACCCCUUCCCGAUGGUUCCGGUCCGUGCUACACCUUCAAAGGCAUCCCGUAUGCUGUCCCGCCCGUCGGACCGUUACGCUUUCAACCGCCACAACCGCUAACACACCACUCGGACGACGGGCAAGCCGCGCUGGACUGUACGCGAGAGCGGGCGGUGAGUUUGGCCAGCAGCUACUUGCCACCGAACCCGCCCCUCGCCUCCGAAGAUUGUUUGUAUUUGAAUGUUUACACACCGAAAAACCCAACCGCUUUGGACGGUUCCUCCGAUCUGCCCGUAAUGGUGUGGCUGCACGGAGGCGCCUUCUGCACCGGUAGUGGCGACUCGUCCAUUUACCAUCCCGAGUGGUUGGUGGCGAUGGGGCCCGCCGUCGUCGUCACGGUAAACUAUCGGCUCGGGCCGGCCGGAUUCCUGUGCCUACCGUCGCUGGGCGUUUACGGCAAUAUGGGACUGAAAGAUCAGCGGCUGGCGUUGCAGUGGGUGAGGGCAAACAUUGGCCGGUUCGGAGGGGACGCGCACAAUGUGACACUGUUCGGGGAGAGUGCCGGUGGCGUUUCGGCCCAUCUACAUUACCUUUCGGAGGGAUCGUACCAGCUGUUCCACAAGCUCAUAUGCCAGUCCGGGGUGGCGACUACGUCGAUCACCUUUCAGAAGCAUCCGGAGCAGAAAGCGCGCCGUCUUGCGGAGUAUUUCGGGUGUCCGCCCGAUGCUUCCGAUCGCGAAGUUUUGGAUACUCUUUUGAAUGUUGUACCCGAGCAGUUGGCCAAAUCGCAAAAGGAGGCUCUCUCGGCACACGAGAAAACGCUCGACUCGGUGUACGCCUUUCGACCGGUGGUUGAGUCUUCCGAUGCAAUCGAUCCGAUCGUUACGGAAAAUGCGUUCGAUUUGCUGCGCAGCUUCAACCAGCCAGCCAAGCCGAUGAUACUGGGAGUGGUCAGCGAGGAGGCACUGUAUAAGAUUAACACCUUCCGGCAGCACCUGCAACGGUACAGGGACGAUAAGGGUCGCUUCAUUCCGGAUUUGCUGAACGUUCCGGCAGGCGAGCGAUCGGAAGUGGCCGAUCACAUUUUAGCGUUCUAUUGCGGUACGACCGAGGUGACGCUGGAGAAGGAAUUCGAGCUAAGUCGCAUUUUUACCGACACCAUGUACCUAAUUCCGACCGUACAGGCGGCGGAGCUGCAUCUUCGGCGUAGCAAAAGCGAUAUAUUUUUCUACCAUUUUGGCGCCGAGACGGAGCUGAACAAGUUUCGCCAGCAGUGGAAAGUGCCAGCGGAAUAUCGUGGCGCAAGCCAUGCGGAUGACGUGUGCUACCUGUUCAGCGCGAGCUUCUUCCAUACGGAUGCGGUGGAGCAGGAUUCGCCGGCCUGGAAGUUACGAAAGGCAAUGUGCCGCCUGUGGACUAGCUUUGCCCGGCGGGGAGUGCCACGGUUGAACUCUGAGGAGGUGUUAUGGACACCGUUGGAGGAACCGACCACGGAAUCAUUUAAUUUAACGGCACUAAACAUAGACCACCAGUGCGGCAUGAGGAUGGUGCGGAAUCACCUCGCUGAUCGUGUCGGUUUUUGGAGAGACCUGUUUAAAAAGUAUAAUGGAGACCUGUUUGGAAGGGGGUUGAAAACCGUAGAUAUAACUUUUAUCCAAUCUUAUCUCCCGGCGCUCGAUGAUAGCAAACCACCGCUAAACGCUUUAAUCGCCUACGCGCGCGCCCGUUUGGGCUGGACCGGCUCAGUCCGCAGCAAACUUCCGAUCAGGAUGGUUAUCCGCAAGCUGUACGUUCCGCCGACGGUCGCCAAGACGAAUCCGGCCCAGCCGCCGGUCGUGGAUCCGAGCUUCAUGGCACCGUCGGUCGUGGAUCCGAACUUUAUGCCACCGUCGGUCGUGGAUCCGAACGGUAUGCCACCGGCUACCGCUUAUCAGCCUCCAGCAGAAGAUGUGCCGAUCAUCGUCGAGCCGGAAGGAAGCGGUGCCUCGAACGGACCACCGCUAGUGUUUGCCGACGCAGUGGAGCUGGAUGUAGUGGCGGGGAAAAUUGUUGGCCGCCGGAAGCCACUGCCGAACGGGUCGGAGUACUACUCCUACCAGGGCAUCCCGUACGCCAAGCCGCCGGUCGGUGAGCUGCGCUUUAAGCCGCCCGUUCCGCUGGACCAGUUCGACGAGCAGCCGCUCCAGUGUGGGUCGGAGCGUGGCCACUGUCUGGCGAUUAUGGCACUGCCCGAGGGGCCCGCAGGCGUUGAAGACUGUCUGUACCUGAACGUGUACACGACGAGCGGUCCGGGCGAUGCGCUCGGCAUGCUGAAACCUGUGAUGGUGUGGAUACACGGCGGUGGCUACUACACCGGCAGCGGCAAUACGGACUUCUUCGGGCCGGACUAUCUGCUGCAGCACGGUGUCGUCCUGGUGACGUUGAACUAUCGGCUAGGGCCGCUUGGAUUUCUUGCCCUACCGUCGGUCGGUAUCCAUGGUAACCAGGGGCUGAAGGAUCAACAGUUGGCGCUGCGCUGGGUGCAGGAGAACAUUGCACGGUUCGGUGGUGAUCCCUCGAACGUGACCCUGUUUGGGGAGAGUGCUGGCAGUGCGUCGGUUAACUGGCACUAUCUCUGUCCGAAGUCGCGCCAAUACUUCCACAAAGCGAUUUGCCAGUCGGGAUCGGUGUUUUGUCCAUGGGGGUUGCAGUACCAGCCGGAGGGUAGGGCGCGCAAGCUGGCCGCCGUGUUGGGCUACGAAGGCGAGGACGAUGCGGGUGUUUUGGCAACGCUGCAAAACGCAUCGGCCGAAGAGUUGGUGUCCAACUCCACGAAAGCGUUCGAAGAGUCGGAGAACAGCCUCUACUGCAUGUCGCCGUUCAUUCCGUGCAUUGAGGAUCCCAGCUCGGAGGACGCAAUCAUUCCGCAGCGCGGUGAGGAGCUGCUGAAGCAACCGAACGUGACCAACGUGCCGCUCAUUCACGGUGUCACCAGUGGGGAGGGUUUGGUGUUUUAUGGGCUGCUGCAGCAGCGGUUCGACGAGGUUACGACCAAUCUGGCCAGCCUGCUGCCGCUCGAUCUGGGCAUACCGCGUGACUUUGCGCCGGCCGUGAUCGAGGAGAUACGCCAGUUCUACUUCCAGGACAAACCGAUCGAGCGGGAUGGACUCGGCCACCUGCUCGAUCUGGUGGGAGACGUUGGCUUUUACUUCCCGGUGUACGCAGCGGCGGAGCUGCAUUCCCGCUUCCAGCAGGAGGCACCACUGUACUUCUAUCGCUUCUCGUACGAGAGCGAGCUGAACCAGCUGCGCAAGCAGUUCAGCGUACCGGACGGUACACCGGGAGCGGCCCAUGCCGACGAGUUGUCCUAUCUGUUCAAUGGCAGUCAAAUUACUGUCCCGGUCGAGGCCGGCUCGGUGGCGGACCAGGGCCGCACGCUGCUCUGCCGUCUGUGGACCAACUUUGCCAAGUACGGCCAGCCUACGCCGGAGGGUGACGAUGUUGGCUUCCAGUGGGACCCGCUGCCACCGACCGCUGCCGGGGAACCGUUCGUGCUGCGCGCCCUCGACCUGAACGAGCAGGUGCAGGUGGUGGAGAAUCCGAUGCAGGAGCGGAUACAGUUUUGGAGGUCGCUGGCCGAACGCUUCAAUCCCAAUCUGGUGGCGUGAGGGCGGACGGAUUACUACCAAUAUCAUAUCUUCAUUCAUAGAGCUUAGAAAUGCAUAGACCUUUCGCGCAAAGGGUUACUGUAAGAUAA